AUGGCGGUGAAUGUUUACUCCACCUCAAUGACCAUUGAGAACCUGAGUCGUCAUGACAUGCUGGCAUGGGUCAACGACUCUCUGCAGCUCCCAUACACAAAGAUCGAGCAGCUCUGUUCGGGUGGUGCUUACUGUCAGUUAAUGGACAUGCUGUUUCCAGGGUGCAUAUUAAUGAAGAAAGUGAAGUUCAAUGCUAAACUGGAACAUGAAUACAUCCACAAUUUCAAGGGCUUACAGGCUUCAUUCAAGAGAAUGAAUGUGGACAAGAUCAUUCCUGUGGAGAGGCUGGUGAAGGGGAAGUUCCAGGACAACUUUGAGUUCCUUCAGUGGUUUAAGAAGUUUUUUGAUGCCAACUAUGACGGGAAAGAUUACGACCCUGUAAUGUCACGGCAAGGCCAUGAAGGAACACCGCCUCCACCCAACCCAGGCCCCAUGAGAACAUCUCCCACAGCACCAAAGAGUGUUCCUCCCCCCCAGAGGCAGACCAACACAGCACCAGCCCGCAGGACAACUCCCGUGACCCGCAAUGGAGGAGACGCUGAGCUUCUAGAGCUCAACCAGCAGCUGCUGGAUCUGAAGCUGACUGUAGACGGACUGGAGAAGGAGAGGGACUUCUACUUUGGAAAGCUGAGUGACAUUGAGCUUCUCUGCCGCGAAAGUGAAAGCCAAGUCAUCAGCAAAAUCAUGGAUGUAGUCCUGUCAUGGAAGCGUGGUAUUUAUAGACCUUGCCAAGUACUACUGUAAAAGACUGAAAAGAAGGAUAACAAGAAGGAAAAACUUUCUGUUUCUUUGCUGCUGAUAAUACAGAACACAAGAAUAAUGCUUGAUUUACAUCAAUAAAGUUGAAUGCAGUGCCUUCUCAUACACUGGAGAGAUCACUUAGAGCUUUCUGAGUGAAAACAGAAGCUGCUAAAAAACACCAGGGGCCUCAUUUGUCAAAAUGUGCAUAAAACAAGCGUAAAUCCGU